CAAACAUUCAAAAAGUGCUCCACAUGUAAAGAUGCCACGACCGAGCGGCAAAUGGACCGAGCUGUCCACCCCACUAAGUGCGCCAGUGCUCGAGGUGAUAAAACGGCUCGGAUUCGAUAAGAUGACACCGGUGCAGGGAGCCACCAUUCCCCUGCUCUUGUCCUACAAAGACGUGGCAGCAGAGGCGGUGACGGGUUCAGGAAAAACGCUAGCAUUCCUCGUCCCCCUGCUGGAGCUGCUGCUCAAACGGAAGCGAAGUGAGGCAUGGAAGAAGCAUGAAAUCGGAGCCGUGAUCGUUUCGCCCACGCGCGAACUAGCCACUCAGAUUCACGACGUGCUGUCCGAAUUUCUGGCCCACGAUGAGUUGAGGUGCUUCCGGCAGAAAAUGCUCAUCGGAGGAAACUCGGUAGAGGAAGACGUGAUGUCGAUCCUGAAGCAAGGUGCCAACAUACUCGUUGCCACACCCGGUCGCUUGCAGGAUCUGUUUGAACGCAAAGGCGAUCUAAAUUUGGCUGCAAAGGUCAAGAAUCUGGAGCUGCUUGUACUGGACGAGGCGGACCGCCUGCUCGACAUGGGGUUUGAGGCGACAAUCAACACGAUCCUCGCAUAUCUGCCCCGCCAGCGCCGUACGGGACUGUUUUCGGCAACGCAAACCAAGGAGGUGAAGGAUUUAAUGCGCGCCGGUUUACGCAAUCCCGUGCUGGUGAGCGUCCGCGAGAAGGCAACCACAAGUACGCCGAAGCUGCUGCAAAAUUACUACCUGAUCGUCGAACCGGAACAGAAGAUGGUCGCUAUGCUCGACUUUAUAAGCUCGCAACAGAUCAAGAAAGCGAUGCUAUUCUUACCAACGUGCGCUUGCGUUGAAUAUUGGUCCGUUGCUAUGGCGGCUCUGGUGCCCUCGAUGCAAGUGCUGGGGCUGCACGGGAAAAUGAAAUCGCAACGCUUCGGAAUACUGCAGUCGUUCCGCGAAGCCGACAGUGCGCUGCUGCUCUGUACCGAUGUGCUUGCCCGUGGCGUCGACAUUCCCGAGGUGGACUGGGUACUACAGUGGGAUCCACCGUCCAGUGCGGCCGCAUUUGUGCAUCGUGUAGGCCGCACAGCACGCCAGGGAUCGGAAGGUAAUGCGCUAAUUAUGCUGCUGCCGACCGAGGACGCUUACGUGGACUUUCUGACGCGCAAUCAAAAGGUUGCCCUCAAGGAGGUGGAACUGGAAAUUCCCGAAGCAAGAUUGGCGGAAACGUUACGCACACUGCAUCAGCUGCAAAAGACGGAUCGCGCCACAUUCGAUCAAGCGAAUCGAGCGUUUGUGUCGCACGUGCAGGCGUACAGUAAGCACGAGUGCAAUUUAAUCCUGCGAUUGAAGGAUCUCGAUCUCGGUAAGGUAGCGACCAGCUACGGACUGCUGCAGUUGCCCCGCAUGCCCGAGAUGAAGCCACAGUUCAAGGAAACGUUCCAAGGACCAGAACAGUUGGUGGACGUAUUCAAGCUAGCGUACAAGGAUAAGCAAAAGCAAGCGUCAUUUCAGGCGAAGCUGAAAACGUACGCCGAAACAGGCGAAUGGAAGGGGAAGAAGAAGUUGAUCCGGAAGAAAACGAUACCCUGGGAGCAGGCCAGCAAGGCACGCGAGGAGCGGAAGGAAAUCCGUAAGAAGCGAAGGGAAAAGAAACAGGUACGAAAGGCCGCCAUCGAGGCGGGUGAAGCAGUGCCGGCCAAAAAGAAACGGACCAAAUAUUCGCAGGAAGACCUCGAGGAGCUGGCCAACGAUAUUCGAUUGUUGAAAAAGGUGAAAAGGAAAAAAAUCACCGAAGAGGAGUACGACGAUAAAAUGGGCAUCAAGGAUGGGGAUGGUUUGGAUGACUCUGAAUAAAGAAGACGCUUAAACGGGGCGCACGGAUUACAGCUAAA